UGUUUUUGUGAAACCAAACUCGUUUGUAUGUGUUUUUUCGUGCAGACAGAGAUACUGGAGAAGCGAAGUCUGCGCCUGUGUGUGACCUUCUUGGAGCAGAUAGCAAAGCAGACGGGCGGUGUUGUGUUGGAGAUAUGUGCUGAGCAGCGCAAUCUCAAUGACCAGUUGCUGCCUAAGCACUGUGCCGAGUCCAUCAGUGCUGCUCGCUACAGAAAGCAGAAGAAACCUUUGCCAAAGAAAGGAGAGGUUCAAAAAGAGAAACCAGGUGCUGAGAGCCUGAGAAAAGACCGGAGUGUGACCACCAACAUGGACAAGUUGCACAUGAUGCUGACAGAGCUGUGCUCCUCCUACAGUCUCAGCGCAGACAUUAUGGUCUUUGAACAUGUUGUCGUUCCAACAGAGUUCCUCCUUUCCCAUCUGGAGAUGCGUCUGACAGAAAUCAUCAUCAAGAUGACCAAUUACAACCAGACCACCCAGGAGAUAACACGUCCCUCUGACCUGCUGGCAGGGAUAAAAUCCUACACAGCCAGCAUGCACGGCCUCGCAGGCUACAUCAACGUGGACGUCACCCGGCUGGUGAAGAGUGUGCUGCUGCAGCAGACACAGCCGCUGGACUCCCACGGAGGACCCACAGUUACACACUACUACACAACGUGGUAUCUGGAGGCUCUUUUACGUCAAGCUAGCAGUUCCUUGAUCGUCCACUGUCCUACGAUGCAGUGCUUCGUCAGCCAGAACGCCGACAACGACCUAAGCUUCAGAGCAGAGGAGUUCUCAGACGUAUCAGAGUUACAGGCCCUGGCAGAACUUAUUGGUCCAUACGGCAUGAAGUUUCUCGGGGAGAACCUGAUGUGGCACAUUACUUCUCAAGUCAGCGAGCUGAAGAAAAUGGUGAUUGAGAACAUGGACAUCCUGGUACAGAUGAAAAACAACUUUGACAAGCCCGAGGAAAUGAUCACUCUAAAAAAGAGGCUGACAGGAGGAGAAAAUGCCCUGAAAAGGAUGACCAUCAUCGGAGUAAUCCUCUCAUUCAGAUCCAUGGCAAUGAACUGCCUGAAAGAUGUCCUGCGGAAGCAUUGUCCGUACCUGAUGGCACCCAUUGAAUGUCUAAGGGACUUCAUCUCCCUUGAAACAGACAUCAAGGUGACGCUGAGUGUUUUUGAGCUGGCUUCUGCCGCAGGACUGAAAUGUGAUAUUGACCCUGCCCUUGUUGCAGCUAUUAGCAAUAUGCAAACAGAUAACACAUCAGUUGAAGAAGAGUUCAAGUUGUCUCGUUUGUUACUGGUCUACGUCGCUGUGUCGCUGCCUACCCUCGCUCUGGACCCCAACUCCUUGUAUAGUCAAGAACACGGAGGUCACAACAACAACAUCCACUGUUUAGCUGCAGCAAUCAAUCAACUGACUGCUGCCAUGUUCACGGUCCAGAACAAGAACAUUGAGCAGCAACUCAAAGAGUUUCUCCUGCUAGCCUCCUCCACUCUGCUUCAGCUGGGACAAAACGUGGAACGAGUGGAAGUCAAAAACAGAGAGUCCAUCUAUUUGCUCCUGCACAUGAUUGUGGAAGACUCUCCGUUUCUGAGCCAAGACAUGCUGGAAAGCUGCUUCCCGUACGUUCUUCUCCGAAAUGCCUACAGGGAGGUGCACAAGGCUGUCUUCAUGCCUACGGCCUGAAGACAUUUUGUCCAGAUUCUUUGCUUACCCAAAAUAGUAUUUUCAUACAUGUGUAUUUUGCUUGCAUGGCUUUUCUGCUUUGGAUUCACCCAUGUCUCUAUGUUGACUAAUCAUAACUUUGACUUUUGAUAUGUUGAUUGCUGAGAAAAAGCAUUUUAUUUGCUUACAGUAAAACAAAAAUCAGUUUUUAAUUUUUGUUUAAGACAGACAUAUGCAAUGUAACUUUCAUUUGGAUUGAAUAGGUAUACAGCUUUCCUGUCUUUUAUAUAAUCUUAAAUUAUUUAAAGCAAUAAGAAAAGGUAUGUUCUGCACAAAAAACAUCAUUUUAAUAUUUGAUCUCCAAAAACAUUCACUGUGGUUUUUUUUUCUCAUGAAUAAAGUGAAACAGUCACAACAACAUAA